AUUCCGACUGAAGGACUCUGUAUCCACGGUUAUGAAAUAAAAAAAAAAUAAAAAAAACGGACAAAAGCAACUUGCUGCAAGCAACCGAUACUUUGCAUUUUGUGGAGAUAAGAUUUACUAUAUUUAUCAAAUAAAGGAAUAAAUUAAUUUACUUUAUGUAACAAACACAUACUGAAUAUUACUUAUUUCAGUCAUCUUUUCAAAAAUGUUCCAGUCAACGAGUGAGCUUGCUAAUCGUAUCCCCAUCGAAAAGCACAAGUCUCCUGUUUGUGAAGAGAGUGAAACAUACGAUUGUGAUAUGUGCGAUUCUGGUGGAUGGACAAGUGAAACAGAAAUCGAAGUACAUAAACACAUGGAGCAUAAACAGGAAAUGUUACAUUUGCUUUAUCAAGAUUCGGAUGAAUUAUGUGAAAUAUGUCUAAAAAAAUUUGAUAGUUCAGAUGACUUAAAGAAGCAUAUUAAAUCUGAACAUCUUCUUAGUUCUGAAGAUGCUAUCCGUGUUGAACGAGAGCUAUUUAUUUGCGAUAUAUGUCAGGCUUUCUUCUUCAACAAAAAGCAGUUGGCUGUUCACAUAGUCCACUGUCACAUAAAUAUAAAGAAAAUAGAGUGUGCUCGCUGCAAUCGAACAAUACCUGUAAAAAAUUUAUGGUUUCACUAUAUACACCAUAAUAUUCAAAGUGUUGCUACAUGCAAAAUAUGUUUUCUAAAAUGUAAAGAUCGUAAAUCGUUGAAAGAACACAUCCUUACCCAUAGAAAAUAUUUUCAUUGUGAAAUAUGUCAAUAUCAAACAAAAAAGGAGGAUUUAUUUAAUAAUCAUAUUCAGUUGAGACACAAUCGAAAUUUUUCUAAUCUUCCAACAUAUAAUAAUAUAGACAUAUAUUUUUAUCCAACAUCUUAUACAAAAAAAUUGUCUAGGACAUCCCAUUUCCGUGGGUUGAUGCUGUCAAAUGAUUAUAGAGUUUGCAUAUUGUGUCGAGAAAUUUUUAACAAUUUAAUUAAGAUGCAAAUGCAUAUAUAUGAACAUGUCAUGGGAAAUGAAAUUAUUGAAAUUAAGUAUCAGUGUAUGUGUGGAGAGGUAUUCUCAAAUAAGGUACUUUUAAAACAGCAUGUUUUUCAGUUAAAAGGAAACCAUGCUCCUAAACAUUAACAAUUAAUUUUCAGUUUUAGACAUGUUGUGGGUCAAUAGGUAAUAAAUCUAUCUUACUCCCAGGUGGCACAAGAUAGACAAUUAUUGUGUAUGCUCUGCAGAUGUUUUUAUAGAAAUAAACUAAAACUUAAGUUUGUUGUCUCACAAAGCUGUUCAAUAUACAUGAAUAUACUCCUAAAUAAGUUGCACAAAAUGAGUGUUAAGGUUUUUAUAAUUAAAAUUAAAUUAAAAGUAACAAAUACCACAUACCUAGCCUAGGUAUGUGGUAUUUGCAUGUAAAACAUAGGCAUAUUAGAUACAGUAUAAAUGAGGACAAACAAUUGUAUCUUAUGUUAUUUUCCCAUACCAGACAUUGAGACAUCUUAUACUGUUAAAACAUUUACAAUGUACUUGAUUUUAAAAUCUCAGUUUUAGUAUAUUUGCCAUUUUAUUUGUGAGCCUAUCAUUAUGUUGUAAGCUUUGUAUACUGUAAGUAAUUUAUGAUAGAUAUAGUAUAAUAUACGGUAUCAUUUGAUUAGAGACAAUGGCUAUUGUUUUAAUUAAUUGUUAUUAACAUUUCAUCAUAAAAUAAAAUAAAUUAUAUCUUCUUGGUUUUAUUUGCAAAUACUGGACCAUACAAAGUGAUAAUCAAUUCAAUAUAUUUUUAAACUCAUUUUUUAUAAAUAUGCUUACCAUGAGAAAUUGUAUUUUUCAUAAUUUGUUAAGUGAUCUAUUUGGAAAAAAGUUGGAAUUUUGCAAAGAAGAUUGUAAGGUUAGAUCAGUUUUAACAAAAAAUACAUUUAUAAAACGUG